UAGAACCUUCGUGACAGAGUUCAAAUUAAAGAAAACAUUUCUCAAUACCACCGUGGAGAAACAGGCAGACCUACAUGAAGUUGAAAAUGAGAUCACCAAAACAUUAAAUAUGUGUUUUUCGACAUUACCUGGUUAUACCCGAUCCACAGUUUAUGCUUCUAGGGAGCCCAGUGCAGUGGUCAUGUCACUGCAAACCACCUUCUCCUUGGCCUCCAACGUGACGCUGUUUGACCUGGCUGACGGGAUGCAGAAAUGUGUCAACUCCUGUAGGUCCUCUGCUGAGGUCUGCCAGCUCUUGGGAUCUCAGAGGCGGAUCUUUAAAGCGGGCAGCCUGUGCAAGCGGAAGACUCCGGAAUGUGACAAGGAGACCUCCAUCUGCACCGAUCUGGACGGGGUCGCCCUGUGUCAGUGCAAGUCGGGCUACUUCCAGUUCAACAAGAUGGACCACUCCUGCCGAGGUACCAGCAGGUUCUCGGGGCUCCUGCGGCCUGUCCCGGCACGGGGAAGAUGCUUUUCUCUGCCCCAAGCCCUCUGCUCUAGGUGUGACGGUUCCAAACUGGGAGUAAUUUGUUCUUGUCCUGUUGGCCACAGCAGGACUGGGUAUGUUAUCUCCGUAGAAUAAUAGCAUUAUC